UGGAGAAUCCCUCGUUUUUCGCACAAUAUCAAACGAUGAACCCUUUCGAUGAUAUGGGUUUCCAGUCUGAAAGCUAUUAUUUACCCAUUAGUGAUCAAGCUUUUCAUCAUCAAGCCGCCGACGACUUCGAGAAGCCGCCAUUGAAACAACUCAAGCCCAAGGCUUCUUCUUGUUACUCACCUUCCCAUAUAAUCUCCUUCCACAACUCCAAUUCAUCUCCGCCGGUUAUUUCUCACCAAUACUACGGUCUAGACUGUGCUUUGCAACCAGGAAUUACAAGGACUCCAUUACAUGCACAAGAACAUGUAAUUGCUGAAAGAAAACGACGUGAAAGGAUCACCCAGAGCUUCUUAUCUCUUUCUGCACUCAUUCCUGGCCUAAUAAAGAGAGACAAAAUUUCAGUUCUGGGAGACGCUAUCGAAUACUUGAAGCAACUUCAAGAGCGAGUGGCAACGCUCGAGGAACAAGUUGCUAAGAGAACAGUGGAAUCGGUCAAGUUUGUGAAGAAAACCCAAUUUGAUGCAGAUGUUAUUGAGACACCUUCAUUUGUUGACAGCCAAUAUCCCGAGAUUGAAGUAAGAGUUUCGGACAAAGAUGUGCUGAUAAGAAUCCACUGCGAGACAAACAAAGGGUGCAUAUCAAGCAUCAUAAACGAAGUCGAAAAGCUUCAUUUGUCGGUGAUUAAUAGCAAUGCCUUCCCCUUGGGACAAGCUGCUCUUGAUAUUACCAUUGUUGCUCGGAUGGAAUCUGAGUUUUCGAUGACAUUAAAGGAUCUUGUGAAAACCCUACGACAGGGUUUGCUCAAGGUCAUGUGAUGAACUUGAGAAACCGUAUCCACGUUUACUUUUGUAUCUUAAGAUUUUCUCUAGUUAGUAAUGGAACCAGGAUGUUGAUUUGAUGUUGAAUUGGUAUGUUUGAA